AUUUUGAACCAUGUUUGCUACCACCGUUCGUUCAGCAGCUAAACUUGAUUGGACCAAGUUAAGUAUUAGUCUUCCUAAAGAAACGGCUGCAUCAUUACAAGCUUUCCGCAAACGUAAUGAUGAAGGCAAGCGUGUAUUGGCUGAAUUGAAGACACAAUCUACCACAGUGGACUUUGGUCAUUAUCGUUCUGUAUUGAAGAACCAACAAAUCGUGGAUCAAGCUGAAAAAGCUCUCAAAGAAUUCAAACCUGUAGUUUAUAAUCUUGAUGCUCAACUCAAGGCCAUUGAUCAAUUUGAAUCCAAAGCUGUUGCCAAAGCACAAUCAACUGUUCAAAAGAUUGAUAUUGAACUUAAGGAUCUUCAAGCUACUCUCAAUAACAUUCAAGACUCACGACCUAUUGAACAAUUGACUGUGGAUGAUAUUAUUGCUGCCAAGCCUGAACUUACAAAGAAUGUGGCAAAGAUGUUGGAAACUGGAAAAAUGAGUGUGCCUGGUUAUAAAGAAAAGUUUGGCGACAUUUCUUACUUUUAAAAAGUAUCCAUUUGUUAUCAAUAAAAACCAAUUAUUUUAUAACUU